AUGGCCUCAGUUUGGGUCGAGCACACACAAAAUCACAUUUGGUUUCUUGACCAGUCAAGUUGUGAUGUGUUCGUUGAAGAAUUCAGUUUGUCUGUGGCCAACUUCACCAGCUGCAUAGUAACUCAUUCCAGACCUUUUAGCGUGUGUAUGCAAUGCUACGAGCAAUAUAAAAGCUGCCAAUCAAUUUAUGAUGUUUUGUUAAAGACAACAGAUGCUGAAAGAGGCCGUCCGUGUGCCGACAAAAUAGUGUCUAAUGAUUAUGUAAAAAUGAUAUUAAAAGUUCAUGACUUUGUUGAAGAUGCUUGGACAAGGUGCUAUGCAGGAAAUGAUUCCACAGAUCUUGCAAACUCGACAAUAGAGUUUCUUCGAAGAUUAACGUUAUUCAAUGGAUGUAUAUUUAAUGAACUGGCUGAUAACAUGCCGUACAUCAUUCCGGGUAUAUUACCAGUGAACAAAACAGUUUGCAAAGUCUGCUCUGCUUCAUAUAAAAAUCUUAGCGAUUAUUAUUCAACACUCGACCCAGAUUUUAAUGGGCACUUCUGUAUGGAUCUAUCCGAUUCAAUGAAUUUCACCUGGAAUUUAUGGCACGAGAACUUUAAAUGUCCCGCUCGAGUGCGGUUGACGGAUGUUUGCAUAAGCACCUCUAUUGCCCUUCUAGUCAUUCCAAUACUAUUCUACUUGUUGGCCAGGAUAUGUCGAAACAGUAUUACAAAGAUAUUUUUAAGAGGCGUUACGAGUUACGCCAGGUCAGCCUGUUGUGAAACAUAA